AUGUGUGGCAACUACGGUGGAAACUCCUGUGGGGGCUGUGGCUCUGACUGUGGAUAUGGCUCUGGCUGCGGCUCUGGCUGUGGAUACGGCUCUGGCUGUGGAUGUGGCCCCGGCUGUGGAUACGGCUCUUGCGGUGGCUGUGGCUCUGGCUGUGGAUACGGCUGUGGAUAUGGCUCUGGCUCCUGUGGCUACCGGCCACUUUGCUACAGAAAAUACUAUAAGUCUUGCUGA